AUGCAGGAGAACCGGAUCCCCCCGGUAACGCCAUCCCUGCCCUGGCACAGCAGCUCAGGGGCGCUGCCCAUGGAGCAGGAGAAGGUGCUGGAGUUGGCAAGGCCCCAGCUGGCCCUGGUUCCCCUUGGCUACAGUGUGUCCCUGCUGCUGUGGGACCCCCGUGGCCCUGGGACACAGCUGCCCUUCCAGAGUGUCAUCUGGCAGGUGAUUGACGCCGUCUUCCAGGAGCUGGAGGCCUUGGGGGACGCCACACGGAGCCUGCAGAUGGUCAGCCUGGUCCAGGUCAGCAGCCACGACAAAGCCUGGGACCUGCUCCGUCCCGACGGCCGAGCCCUGCAGGUGAUGGAUGUGGCACCCCUGGGCCUGAUGGUGGAGGAGGCAACAGAAGUGGCCGUGCCCGAUGCCCAGGCUGCCCUCAGUGCCUAUGCCAGGGGGCUGGGUGCCAUCCCAGCGCUGUUGCCCCUCACAGACAGGGGCUCAGCUGUGCAGGGGGCCGGCAGCCUCUUCACCCUCACCGUGGAGCGAGAGCUGCAGGGCGGCAGGCGCCAGCGCUCGGCCCUCCGGAUCCUGGUGUCCCCAGGGGCCAGCAGGCCCUGCCCCAGCCCGGAGUGCAGGGAACCUGGAGCUGUCUGCCUGCCCUGGAUCGUGGAGCGGCUGCUGGAGGGGAACAGCCUGACCUUCCUGCUGCUCUGUGUGUCACUGCCAGACACCUCCAGAGAGGAGAUCCUGGGAGCUCUGGGACUGGCUGGGAGGGUGAAGGGGCUGGCCAGGACCAUCUCUGCCACGGUCUGGGAGCCCGAGGAGGAGAUUGCAGCACGGCGCAGGGAGAUGCGAGCGCUGCGGACGGAGCUGCUGGCUGGCUCGGGCCGCCCUGAGCACAGCAGAGCUGUGGCCCAGCUGCAGAGAGCCCUGAGGGAGCUGCAGGUGCUGAAGAGUCAAAGGUGGGAGAAAAAGAAGGCAGUGGCCAAGGUGCUUGGGACAAGCGAGAUGGACCAGCCCAGCACGGAGGACCAGGUGUCUGCAGGGAAUACAGCUCCAGGCCAGCAGCCUGGGACCCAGACAGCCCCGAGCAGUGCCAGGCUGGAGCCAGAGCAUGGAGCCAGGCAUGCGUCCCGCAACUGGGUGCAGGACAUGUGGGCACAGAGCAUGGCUUUACACGGACAGGGUGACAGCAGAAGCCAAGAAGGGGACAGCCAAGCUCUGGUCAGCACAGGGAAGGGGCUGCUGGAGGAGCCAUUCCAGAGCAAAGUGUCACAGCCACGGCCCGGGUGUGACAGCGCAGGGAGCCGGUGCCAGCCGUGCCCACCCCCGGAGGUGCAGCGGGCCCUGGCCAGGGCGCAGCGGCAGCGGCUGCGGGCUCAGCACUGCCGGCAGCUCCAGCGAGAGCUGGGGGCCGCCACUGUGCGGGCCCAGGAGCACCGCGGGGAGUGGGACGCAGAGCGCUGGCAGCGGGAGGUGACCGCGCUGGGCCUGAGCCUGGAGGCAGCGCUGCGGGAGCGGGAGGCGGCCGAGUGGCACCUGGAGGCCCUGCUGCACUGGCACCGCCGGGAGAUGCAGGCCUGCAGACAGCACCUGCUGCAGGUGCUCCGGGGCCAGCAGCGCCUGGCGGAGGAGCAGCGGGCGGCCCUGGAGCGCCGGCACCGGGCGCGGCUGCAGGAGGCGCUCCGGGACGCCGCGGAGCUCGCCGAGCACAGCCAGCGCCUGCGGGACACCCCACGGGCACGCACGGCCCAUGCCACCACACAGAGCCCCUGAGCCCCGCCCGGCGUGGGGACAGCUAGGCUGGCAGGAGCGGGUCCCUGCA